AUGCUGAGAACCCGCAGAUUAGUAGCAUCGAAUUUAGCCACCCUCAACAGACAACCGGUACGUGCGAUUGCACUCCAACAAAGAUACUUGUCAACGGAUCAAAAAUCAACACAAGAACAGCCAGCACCAGAAAAGUAUGGUAAAUUCCGUAGUCCACCAACCUCCUUGGGUGUCAACGAACCUCCUGUUGUGGACCAUAACAAUUGGUUGCAAAGAAAGAAGCAAAAGCUUCGAGACUUCGUGGAUUAUGAAAAAGCAUUUGCUGCUCAUGCUGCUGAACGUAGAUACCUGGUCGAAGAAGCCACCAAAUCAUACUUUGCCGACGUUCAUGAAAUGCGCCAGCAUGGCGGAAAAAUGUACUUUGCAAGCUCUCAGUUAGUAAAACCAGAAAAAGCAGGAUACAUGCCAAACUUUGAAGCGCAAGAUUUAUCUCGACAAAAGAUCAACACCACCGAAAAGCUGGUUGGAAAGACCACACUCAUGACAUUUGUAUACGCCAAGUUUGGAGAGCCUCAUGUAAACACAUUUAUCAAGCCAUUUUUGGAGAAAUACAAGGAUCAAAAGGACGUUCAAGUUGUUGAAGUUAAUGUACAGGAAAAUAUGCUGAAACAGCUGCUUCUCAAGGCAUUUAUCCCUAGUAUUCGCAAAAACUUGCCAGCUGAACGCAAAGAGAACUAUUGCUUGAUCCUCAAAGACAUUAGCAGAACCAGAAAAUGCCUCGACAUGACAAAUCAAUACGUGGGAUAUGCAUUCUUGGUUGAUGAAAACUGCAAAAUUCGAUGGACAGCACACGGCGAGGCAACACCAGAAGAGGUGGGCAACAUGUUGGCCAUGACAGACUACUUGCAUGAAAAGAAGUUGCUGAGCGAUAAUAAAAACCACUAG